AUGAUUCUUGACUACGGGAUUUUCUUUUCAAGAAAAGUUUCUGUCUGCCUGUAUGAGGGGCACAUGCUAGUGGGGAACAGAACAGCUUUUACAGCCAUUAAAAUGGAGUUUAUAGAUAAGCACCAUGCAUUUCUUCAUCCAAAUGCUAAGAGAAAAAGGUCAUAUGUGGAAAAGAUUGCCUCGGAUCCUAGGUUGCUUCUAAGAAGCAAAAGAAAUCCAAAAGAAAAUCUGAAACUGUAUGUGUCUCUUGUUACCAAAGGGAGAUAUAGGCCUGUUAUUCGUGGAAAUAAGAAGCAACGGUUGAUCGAGGAUGCCAUUAGGGGAAAGGAAGUAGCAUGGAGGUCUAUAGCCACAAAGGAUAUUUAUGGAUAUGACAAAUUGAUGAAUGUCCUCAACUCAGAUCCAAAUCCGAGUUCAGAGAUGACUCUGAAAAGAAAAAUAAUGAGUAUGUUCAAGAUAUCUACAGACGAAAAGGAUGGAAUGGACGAAGGAAAAAUUAUUUGUGAUGUUCUUAAGAACGAGAAGGAGAUGCCCAAAGAGAUUGGGUUUUCCCUUAGAGUUCAUUAUGAUUUCUGCAUUAAAAAUAAAACAGUCUCUCUAUUGGAUGAAAUAGAUAGAGAGUAUGACAAAAUGCUUGGGCCGGUUCUCUGGAACAAGAUAGAUAAUGAAGUGAAGCGAUGUGAGAUAGACCACCCUUUUUAUAGCGAGGUGGGCCUGUUCAAUUUGUUUGUAAAAUGCAAAGAUAAUAUUCCGGACUUUGAUAGGAAGGUUUUAGAAAAGGAUGUGUUCCAUACUAUCAACGAGAGAGGUAUCAGAGACUUUAUUGCAGAAAGGGUGGAAAGGUUCUAUGCCGCUGGGGUAUAUCUUUCUAAUAAUGAUUAA